CUUUGUUAUACUUUUAACAGUGCGGUAGAGGCGCUACAAGCGAUGCGUUGCUGUUCACACACGCUCAACGUUUCUUCAGAAUGGAACAUCGAUCAACGGUUGUGGUCAUUGCCCUAUUUCAUGAAUCCAGCCAGGGCUGCGUUGGUUUUCAAGCCCUUUCGAGUGUGCCCCAGCGGUGCUCCAGUUCGCGCCCCACCAAAUGCCCCAGCGACUCCAAAGCACUUUGUUGUCCAGGCCUAGCUCAUUCAAAUGAACCAAAGCUCUAGAACCCCUCGAUUGCAAACCAGAGAUCUGGCACAUCGGAAUAAAGGCGCACCGUGGGCUUCUGCGUCAAUCUGACCUUGCACCGCCUCUCUACAUGUCUGA